AAAGAAGCAAUUUUUGUCAACAAGUGUAGUGCAACAAUUUGUAUGAAAGAAGCAAUCAAACAUGGCUGAAACCUCUCCAAGAAUAACUCUCCUCUAUCUUCUCUAUCUCGUAGUGUUAAGCCCACCAUACCCCACCGAAGCCUUCGUAUCCUACACCCAAAUCACUACAAUCUUGUCCCUUUCGCACUCCCUCUUCACUCGCGUAGCCAACCUUCGCGCUUCUCGAGGCGAUUUCCAUGGAGCUCGCCGUGCUCAACUCAUCGCCGAUAAGCUUGAGCAUGUUUCGGGCCUCAGAUUUUGGUCUAAUGUUUGGUCUAUGGGUUGGGACUACCUCAAGAACUACGCUUGGCGUGAUACGAUGUCGUUCCAAGACGCUUUAGGGUUCGCAUCCAACAUCCACGAGUUACUGAGUUCACUCACUCAGUUUGGUCAUUUAAGGUCCGAUUCCGAACGGGCAGCUUGGAUUGCUCGGAAUUAUAGUAACUUUUUCCGGAUUUCCAAGUCUAUCUUCUCUCGAUUAUCCUCAGUUUUUAGCAAAUCGGGGCCUUUGAAAGAACUGGUGGAGACAUUGCAAAAGGAAAUGGAAGGUGAAUUCUUGAAAGAUUGUCUACAAGUGGGUGCUGGCGAUUUGAUGGGUUUGGUUCAAAUUUUGAAAGAUUUAGCUUCUCAAUAUACCGAUGGUCAUCAAGAACUUUGAAUUUUAAAUUUAUUUAUACUUGCAAGUUUUGGGGGUUUAGUUAAAAAUGGGAAAUUGGUUGCAUGUUAGAAGGGAUUUUGCCAUUUUGGUAAUCUGUGCUAAGCAAAUUUUUUGGGAAAAUUAUAGUCGGUAGUAAAUUGCGGGAAUUAUAAUGUAAAUUUAUAUAAUGUAAAUUUAGUAGCAUAAUUUUUUAAAAUUUUUAUGGCCAUGCUACUAAAUUCAUUCUAAUGCAUGUAUUAGCUGCUAAUGGAAAAUUAUGGAAAAAAUAACUAUUAUGAGUUUAUUAGCUUAGAAAUGACAUGGUACUAGAGAAAAUAUAGCAACAUUUAGUACCUAACAUUUAAACAGACUGUUAGUGCAAUUAGAAAUGUAUUGUCCCAAUCUCAAUUGGAGAAAUGAAAUGCUAGUAUAACUCUAUUAGUAGAUUAGUUUGUGUGCAAUUAGAAAUGUAUGAAAUUUUUGAGCUUUCUUUGCAACUGCUACUCUACAUCGCUUGAUAAACUCACAUCUCUUCAUAAUGUUCUGUGAUAUACUUCAGUCUACAUUUUGACAAUGUUAUGGAAAUCCCUUGACUUGAUUGCAUGAAGUUUGAAAGUAGUUAAGCUUUGAGAGAUUCAAUUUCAUGUCUAUGGUGAAAUUAUAAAUAGUGAUUAGGUGAUAUACUAUAUAACAUAUUACUAGCUUUUUGACCGUAAACUAAAGCUUUUGGUUGAGUUGGUUAUUCAAUGGUUAUAGAAGCUAAAGUGACGAAAGGUCACAUGUUCAAAUCUCAUCCAUAUUUCAUUAUUUCAAGUGAAAUAUUUAGUGUUAUGUAUGAGGAGGGUAUGUGUUGCAUCUUCACUUCUAGCACAUAUGCUAUGCUCUAUCAUAAGGAUGGUGUAAUUCAGAAGAUUGAGUGAGAAACUAUAUAGGACACCAACUUUGUGAUGAAGAAUCUGAACUAAACCACCGGGAAAAAGAAAUGAUAGGACUCUUGUCUUGCAUAUGAAAAUAUGAAACUUGACUAUUAUCCGAAGAUAUUUGAUCCAAAAAUGCUUCUACAGGAGAAAAUCUGUAAAGUGGACGAUAGAUGUGGCGAUUCACAUUGGACACUUUAUAAUGUCAGAUGUGGAAUUCUGUGGUUUUUCGAGUUCAAGCUAGCGGGAGCCAGGUAAUUGCUAGUAAGAGUUAAUAUUCUUUAAUUUUUGUCGCUUAAAAAUGAUCGAGGAUAUAGAAAUGUCUGUGUGCUGUGGGUUUGAUUCAACAAAUAUGCAUAUACUACCCCCGUUUUAAAGCAUCGGCCUUGUAAUUGCUGGUAAUUUAUUGAUGAUCGGAUAACAUCUCAAGAGAAGUAAUUUAGUGGAUUUUGAGUUAUGACAAAUAACGUAUGCCAUGUAAGUUUAUCAAUAUAGCCUAAAAUUGUACGAGGAAGUAUAAACUAUUAGAUUAUGUGGAAGCGACUGAAUUUAUUCAAUCAUGAUAAUUUGGUGAAUGAUACCUAUUCAAUCAUGAAAAUUUGGUGAAUUAUGAUGAAUGAAGUUUGCCAUGUAAAUUUAUCAAUAUAGCCUAAAACAUGUAUGAAGUUUAUCAAUACUAACAUCUCUUUGAGUUAUCCUCUUUGAUUACUUUUUGUGAGAUUUUUUUAGUUGAAUGAGUUAAAUUUAAAGGGACGGAGGGAGUGCAGCUUAUAACAUAUAUGAGGAAGUAUAAGUAUUGUUAGGUUAUGUGGAAAUGACUAAUGUUUUCAAUCAUAUCGGUUUACAAGAGGUUCUAUUUUGAGCUUCUUUUUGCAAGUCUAACUAUAUAAAAUAAUACAGCUCAUAUAGGGAGAAGGUUCAUAAUUCAUGUUGUUUGCCGAUGAUAUCAUAUUAAGGGUCAAAACUAAGAUAAGGCCAAUGCAAAGCUAUAAAUAUGGAAGGAUAUCGCACCUUGUAUGACCUAGGUGCAUGAUACACAUUUUUUUAAAGUACAGGUUAGACCGCAGGAUUUAGAGGGACAAGAAUAAAUUCAAAACCUUAUUUGGAGAAAGCGAUACAUGCUUCAAUUGAGACAAAACUUAUUCUCAGUGCAAGAUUCGCAUUAGUUAAGGAAUGAUGGUCUUUUUUGUUUACUAGAGAAGCCCAUUCAAAAGAGGUUGGAUGGAUAUGAGUUAUGACAAUGAGGUUGGAGUCUUGGCCGUGUACAAUUAUCUGUCAAUUUUGAUAUUUUGAUUUUUAACUUUUAACUAGUGUUCGUUUAGAUUAGCAUUUCAGAUCUGAUUUUAGGAAAGAACAUAGGUAAAAUAAAUUCUGAACUUAAUUUUUCGCUCACAGAUUCUGAAUCACAGCUACAUACGAAGAUAUUUUGGUGCUUUACAUGAGUCUUGACUAUGGUGUACUCGCAUUUCUCAUAUCAUAAUCGUAUACUCCUUUGUCCCAUUCUUUCAGCAUCAUUUUUAGUUUUGGACAAUGAUUCAUUAUUUUUUUAAUCUCAUUUAUAUAUUUUAAGUCUUUUUUACUUUCAUCACAUAUAGAGAUGCUUAUAUACAACUGUAACCAUAUAUAGCUCAUGAUUGUGGAAUUUGAGUGUUGAGCUGCACUUUGUAGGUUGCUCUAAAUGAAUUCUUUGUAAAGGAAACAAAAAAUGGCUAGCUGACCACAUAUAGAUAUAGCUCUGAGUCAUGAUCAACAAGGGUUGUUCCUGUUACAAAAUUGGGUAACAGGUCAGUAAGGUAACACUUUUUUCUUCCACAAAUUCUUGUGAGAGACGGUCUCUUUGAGAGACCAGAAAGAGACCAUCUCUAAUUAGGUUGGCCCAAAAAAAGGAAAAUAUAGAGUAAGUUUCUCAGUGGACAUUAAGAGUAUUGUAUGUAGAUAUUUAGAAUAAAGUAAGUACUUAAGUACUUACUCGGUGGACAUUAAGUAUAUUGUAAGUAGGCGGUAAAGAUAUUGUAAGUGGGCACUAAGGAUAUGGUAAGUAGGCUAGUAGGCUAAGUUUUCGGCAUGCAUUAAGAAUAUUAUAAAUAGGCAUUUUAAGUAUUUUUUUGGUGAGCAUUAAGUAUAUUGUGAGUAGACAUUAAGAUAAUGUAAGUUAGGCAUUAAGAAUAAGUAAGUGGACAUCAAGAUUUAAUGGGUUGGGCCUGAGAGAUGUCUCUCAAAGAGACGGUCUCUCUGGAGACCGGCUGUUAUUCUUCAUUGUUUCCUAAUGCUACUCAACUAACUGUUACAAGGGCUGUUCAUAUCGAUAUGGAAGGCGAGGGAGAGCUCGAAACUAGCGGGUAAGAGGUUGGGGGUGGGAGAUGUUGACUUCUGGGGUGGGCUGUUGCUGGAAAAAAGGAGGUGGGGGUAGGUUUGGCAUUGGGUUCAGCCUUGUAUAUGCUAUAGCAUGCAUUACAUCAAUACGGCCUGAACUCGAAACAAAACCUGAUGGUGUUGCUUGGCCUUGUAUAUACCAUGCAUUACAUUAAUAAAUUUAGAUGUUGAGAUUCUAGAUUUGCUUAUUGAGAUAAUCAAAGAUAGAAUUUAGUAUAGAUUUUUAGUCUUAGGAGAA